CCUCCAGGGGUGAAGAUGCCAAGGGCCACGGGGAGUGGAGUCGUGACAGCCCAGACAGCUGUGUGAUGCAGGCGGCCUUCACACCUGUGAAGACAACACCCAGGAGCAGCAGCACAGGAAUGGGAUGGAGAAAACCUGAGUCUGAGCCCCAAUCUCCCAACUCAACCAGUGACUCCUGAUCAACCAAUGACUCCUGAAAGACAAGACCCCCAUAUGUGGGGAACACAUGGAAAGAGACAGAAACCAGACUCAAAUGCUGACGAGAAAACCUAUGCAAAAGAGAAACCCUAUGAGUGUCGGGAAUGUGGAAAGGCCUUUAGUCACAGCUCAGCACUCAUCGAACACCACCGGACACACACGGGAGAGAGACCAUAUGAAUGUCAUGAAUGUGGAAAAGGCUUCCGAAACAGCUCAGCACUUACCAAACACCAGAGAAUCCACACUGGUGAGAAACCCUACAAAUGCAAUCAGUGUGGGAGGACCUUCAACCAAAUCGCUCCGCUGAUCCAGCACCAGAGAACUCACACAGGCGAGAAGCCCUACGAGUGCAGCGAAUGUGGGAAAUCCUUCAGUUUUAGGUCCUCCUUCAGCCAACAUGAGCGAACUCACACGGGUGAAAAGCCCUACGAGUGCAGCGAAUGCGGGAAAGGCUUCCGACAAAGUAUCCACCUCACCCAGCACUUGCGAAUCCAUACUGGGGAGAAGCCGUAUCAGUGUGGAGAGUGUGGCAAGGCCUUUAGCCACAGCUCAUCCCUGACCAAACACCAGCGAAUCCACACUGGGGAGAAACCCUACGAGUGCCAUGAGUGCGGCAAAGCCUUCACUCAGAUCACACCACUGAUUCAGCAUCAGAGGACCCACACGGGAGAGAAGCCCUAUGAGUGCAACGAGUGUGGGAAAGCCUUCAGCCAGAGCACACUCCUGACUGAGCAUCGGAGGAUCCACACAGGAGAGAAGCCUUAUGGAUGCAAUGAGUGUGGGAAAACCUUCAGUCACAGCUCAUCACUCAGCCAGCACGAAAGGACACACACAGGAGAAAAGCCCUAUGAGUGCAGCCAGUGUGGGAAGGCCUUCCGGCAGAGCACGCACCUCACUCAACACCAGAGAAUCCACACUGGGGAGAAACCCUAUGAGUGUAAUGACUGUGGUAAGGCCUUCAGCCAUAGCUCAUCCCUAAGUAAACAUCAGCGAAUCCACACUGGAGAGAAGCCCUACGAAUGUAAUGAAUGUGGUAGAGCCUUCAGCCAGCUCGCCCCCCUCAUCCAGCAUCAGAGGAUCCACACAGGAGAGAAGCCCUAUGAAUGUAAUGAGUGUGGCAGAGCCUUCAGCCAGAGCUCCCUCCUCAUAGAACACCAGAGGAUUCAUACCAAGGAAAAGCCCUACGGAUGCAACGAAUGUGGGAAAUCCUUCAGUCACAGCUCAUCACUCAGCCAGCACGAAAGGACACACACUGGGGAAAAACCCUAUGAAUGUCAGGAUUGUGGAAAGUCCUUCAGACAGAGCACUCACCUUACUCAGCACCGGAGGAUUCACACAGGAGAGAAGCCGUAUGAGUGCAGGGACUGUGGGAAAGCCUUCACACACAGCUCUUCCCUUACCAAGCACCAGAGGACUCAUACUGGGUAGACCCACCCUGUGAGUGCUGGGGAUGUGGGAAAGCCUUAAGCCAUAGUUCAUCCCCUACUGAACUUGACCCAGUCACACUGGUGAGAAACAACACAAACUUUAAUACCCAAGCCUUCACACACAGUACACCCCAGUC